AUGCGCUCUCUUCGGCACAUUGCAAGGCACUUGUGCAUCGGGCGACCCGGGUUCGGCAAGGCGCUUGUGCAUCGGGCGACCCGGGUUCGGCAAGGCGCUUGUGCAUCGGGCGACCCGGGUUCGGCAAGGCGCUUGUGCAUCGGGCGACCCGGGUUCGGCAAGGCGCUUGUGCAUCGGGCGACCCAGGUUCAUGUGAAAAUGGCAGACGAAGCUGUGUGUGUUGGACCUGCCCCUACCAGUCAAAGUUACCUGAACAUGGAUGCUAUCAUGAUAGCCAUCCAGCAGACUGGAGCUCAAGCUGUUCACCCAGGCUAUGGAUUUCUGUCUGAAAACAAAGAGUUUGCCCGGAGACUAGCUGCAGGAGGAGUAACCUUCAUUGGUCCUGACACAUAUGCCAUCCAGGCCAUGGGGGAUAAGAUUGAAAGCAAACUUAUUGCCAAAACUGCAAAAGUCAACACCAUCCCAGGAUUUGAUGGUGUGGUCAAGGAUGCAGAGGAGGCUGUGAAAAUUGCAGCAGAGAUAGGCUACCCUGUUAUGAUUAAAGCGUCUGCUGGUGGAGGUGGCAAAGGAAUGAGGAUUUCUUGGAAUGAAGAGGAAACCAGGGAAGGCUUUCGUUUUUCUUCUCAAGAAGCCGCAUCCAGUUUUGGAGAUGACCGUCUGCUGAUUGAAAAGUUCAUAGAUAACCCGCGGCAUAUUGAGAUUCAGGUGUUGGCAGACAAACAUGGCAAUGCUUUGUGGCUGAACGAGAGAGAGUGCUCCAUCCAGAGAAGAAACCAGAAAGUGGUGGAGGAGGCACCCAGCACCUUUCUGGACCCAGAUACUCGGAGAAAGAUGGGAGAGCAGGCUGUGUUGCUGGCUAAAGCAGUGAAAUACUCCUCAGCGGGCACUGUGGAGUUUCUUGUUGACUCCAAGAAGAAUUUUUACUUUUUAGAAAUGAACACCCGUUUGCAGGUAGAACACCCCAUCACAGAAUGUAUUACCGGGCUGGAUCUGGUGCACCAGAUGAUUCGCAUCGCAAAGGGUUACAAACUCCAGCACAAACAAUCUGAUAUAGGCAUAAAUGGCUGGGCCAUCGAGAGCAGAGUCUAUGCAGAGGAUCCAUACAAGUCAUUUGGUCUUCCCUCCAUCGGCCGACUUUCUCAGUAUCAGGAGCCACUGAGCUUUGCUGAUGUUCGUGUGGACAGUGGAAUUCAGGAAGGAAGUGACGUCAGCAUUUAUUAUGAUCCCAUAAUUUCUAAGCUGGUCACAUAUGGUAGCACACGAGCAGAAGCUCUGAAGAAAAUGGAGAACGCACUUGAUAAUUACGUCAUUAGAGGUGUAGCUCAUAACAUUCCUCUUCUGAGAGCGAUCAUCGUUCACCCUCGGUUUGUGUCUGGUGACAUAAAUACUAAGUUUCUCCAGGAGGUAUAUCCUGAUGGAUUUAAAGGUCAUGUAUUAACAGCAGGAGGAAGAUAUGACCUGCUGGCUACUGCUGCUGCACUUUAUGUAGCAGCACAACUCCGCUCACAAAAGUUCUUAGGCAAUCUACGGGUGUCCAGUGUUCCUCCAGAGACCAGAUGUUGGGAGUUGCUUGUGGAGCUUGAAAAAGGUGUUUACAUGCUUAGUGUGACUCACUCUGGACAAAACUACACCGUAGAGGUAGAUGGAGAGAAGGUUGUUGUGUCCGGAGAAUGGGAUUUGGCCUCACCACUGCUGCCCAUCACCAUCAAUGGAAAAUACAGGACUUACCAGUGUCUUCAGCGGUCAGCGUCUGGGGAGAUUACCCUGCAGUAUCUGGGCACUUCAUUUAAAUUGCGUGUGCUGAGUAAACUGGCAGCAUCACUCAGUAAGCACAUGCCAGAGAAAAUUCCAGAAGACACCAGUAGCAUCCUUCGCUCUCCCAUGCCAGGAUCUGUGGUGGCUGUUUCUGUUAAACCAGGGGAUUGGGUUUCAGAGGGGCAGGAGAUCUGUGUGAUUGAAGCCAUGAAGAUGCAGAAUAGCAUGACUGUGGCUAAAACUGCCAAGGUAAAAAGUGUGCAUUGUAAAGCAGGAGAUACAGUAGGAGAGGGAGAUCUACUUGUGGAACUGGAGUAAACCAACGUGUCAAAACAUCUUGCUUGUGAAUUAUAAGAAGAUCCUCUUAUUUGUGUCAUUAUUUCUUAUUGUUUUCAACACAUAUUCGUUUAAUUUUCUUGAGAUUUUGCAAGACUUCAUAAGAAAUAUAUAAAAACGCAAUCUCUUAAAAGAAGCGCCUUUGCCCUGAUUAUUGACUUUUUUUUACAAAAUAUGGAACAAAACAUAAUUUGACAAUAAGAAUAAGACAAAA